AUGCAAGUUGUCUGUCUGGGACUCCUCCUUUUCACUCUGGCCUGGGCAGCACCAACAUUUCAACCACAAACUGAGAAAACUAAGCAAGGCUGUGUGGAAGAACAGAGGAUAACGUACAAGGGCCACCAUGAGAAACAUGGGUCUUAUAUUUAUAAGUAUGUUUACACAUCAUCUGGGAGGAAAAACCAAACUGAUGUGAAGCAAGAAGAAAGGAACAAAGACAAUAUUGCUCUUCACCAUUUGGGCAAGAAAAGAAAACAAGAGGCAUUUCCUAAAGAAAACAUUGUCCAGGAGAGAGAUAAAAACUUCUCCCUUUACGAAGCCAAUGAAAACAACCAAAGUGGUGAGCCCCAAAAUCUUUUUGCAAAUAGUCAGACACUGAAUGGGGAUCACAACAAUAGCAACAAAGAGAAUGCCCAGAGUGACCUAAGCAAGUCCAUGUAUCCUGCAUUCCCCGGGAAUAAGAGGGCUGAGAAUGGAAGCCGUGCUAUCAGCGAACUACAUGACCAAGAAGAAUAUGGUACAGCUCUUGUCAGAAAUAAUAUGCGACAUAUAAUGGGGCCAGUGACUGCAAUUGGACACUUGGGGGACAGAAACAAGAAGAAGAAACUUAGGACUGUUCUAAGCAAAAUCCCAGCUGGUGUUAACUAUGCUGAUGCCUCCCCAAAGGCUAGGAAGAAUCAUCAAAGAGAUGCCCAAGCCCAGACUAUCCCAGUAAAACGCCGAAGCAUCCAUCAGAUCCAACGCAAUACUGACUAUCUAAAACAGCUCCCAAAAGUCAAAAAAAUCCCCAGUGAUUUUGAAGGCAGUGGUUACACAGAGCUUCAAGAGAGAGGGGACAACAAUAUCUCUCCUUUCAGUGGGGAUGGCCAGCCUUUUGAGGACAUUCUUGGUAAAGGAGGAGCUACUGUUGUUCCUGACCUAGACCAUACAGAUGUUCAAACAGGGUUUUCAGGUCCAAGUGAAAGUGGAACUCCUAGUCCUGACACUAUGGGGCCAAGUUAUAAUGAGAUCCCAGAGAAAGAAGAAGAUGGUAGAAAUGGCAUUGGAACCAGGGAAGCAACAGCAAAAGAGGCAGCUGCUCCUGAAGUUAGGCUGGUGGAGGGCGGCAAUGACAUCAUCGGCAGUACCAAUUUUAAGCAACUCCCUGGGAAAGAAGGAGACAGUGUGGAUGCUGGCAGUCAAAAUGCUCAUCAAGGGAAAGUAGAGUUUCAUUACCCCCAUGGACCCUCAAAAGAGGAAAGAAAAGGAGGCAGUGGUGGCACAAUUGAGAGUACUAAUUAUAAUGAAAUUCCUAAAAAUGGCAAAGGUAGUAGUAGAAAAAGUACAGGAGGUUCUACUAGGCACCAAGUAAGUGUGAAUGAAAAACAAAGAUUUUCUGCUAAGGGCAAAAGUAAGGACCCCCUGAUUCCUUCUCGUGGUGUUGAUAAUGAAAUUGAAAAUGAAAUAGGUCCCCACAAUGGCCCUGAUAAUGAGGGGAACACAAUAACACACAGCAGUGGCAGAAAAAAUCAUUAUACACCCCAUGGACAAAAUAAUUCUAUUCAGAGGAAAGGCAUGUUGCAAAGGAAAGGCUCCUGGUAUUACAGAAAACCCCAGUCCAGGGGGAAUGUCAGGUACCGUAGAAAGGAUGAUAGUAGUGAAUCAUCUGAGAGUGACAGUUCCGGUGAGAGUGACGGUGACUAG